UUCCAGGUAAAGAAAACACUCUCACGGCACAGUUUGUGUUUCUGUCACCAGUUACAGCUUUACACGCAGUAAUAGAGGGUUUAAUGCACCUUCCGUGUUGUCGAGAGGCUUCGUGAAACGCAGCCCUGACUGGUGGGACAGCAGUGGGAACGGCCACAUUGGAUCUGGCCCGGUUCUGCUCUCUCAGGCACGUCUAAUACUGUCAUCACUUUUAACUGGCGGCGAUUCAGCUCCACGGACUGUAAAGGGUUAAAGAGACCUCCUCGAAGCUGCAGCUCUCGCUCCACCAGAUGGAUGCGUUUCAGAUCACAGCUACAGCCAAGUUGGCAAGCCCGUCUCAAGUGUGGUUUGAUGAUCUGCAGUUAGUCCGCCUCUGAUGGCAUGCCUGGCUCCUGCAGCAAAGAUGCAGGCUGCUGCCGCGGCUCUGGCUGUGCUGAGUGUUUUCCUCAGCCUGGACCCCCUGUGUGCUCAGCGGUCCGAAGCGAUCCAGCAUGACGGAAACACUCAGCGCGAAGAGGCGGGAGUGAAGAAGAAGAGCCAGCCGCACAUCGUGUUUAUCCUCAUAGAUGACCAGGGUUUCAACGACAUCGGCUACCAUAACCCGACCAUCAAGACUCCUACACUGGACAAACUGGCGGCGGAGGGUGUGAAGCUGGAGAACUACUACGUUCAGCCCAUCUGCACGCCGUCACGCAGCCAGCUCAUCACCGGCAGAUAUCAGAUCCACACGGGACUACAGCACUCCAUUAUCAGACCCAGCCAGCCGAGCUGCCUGCCUUCACACAUGGACACUCUGCCCGAGAGGCUCCGCCAGGCCGGAUACUCCACACACCUGGUCGGCAAGUGGCACCUGGGCUUCUACAGGAAGGCGUGCCUGCCCACCAGAAAGGGUUUUGACAGUUUCUUUGGUUCUCUGACAGGAAGCGUGGAUUACUACAGUUACGAGUCCUGCGACGGCCCGGGGUUAUGCGGGUAUGAUCUCCAUGAGGGAGAGGGCGUGGCGUGGGGACAGGAAGGGAAAUAUUCGACCACACUCUUCACUCAGAGAGCUCGCAAGAUCCUGGAGAGUCACGACCCCGCGGACAAGCCGCUCUUCCUGCUGCUCUCCCUGCAGGCAGUUCACACUCCGCUACAGACUCCCAAGUCCUACAUCUACCCUUAUCGUGACAUGGCUAACGUCGCCAGGAGAAAGUUUGCCGCCAUGGUGUCCACAGUGGACGAGGCGGUCCGAAACGUCACGUACGCUCUGAGAAAGUACGGAUACUACCGGAACAGCGUCAUCAUCUACUCCACCGACAACGGCGCCCAGCCGUUCACAGGAGGAAGCAACUGGCCGCUCCGAGGGCGUAAGGGUACAUACUGGGAAGGUGGGAUCCGUGGGGUGGGCUUCGUUCACAGCCCCCUGCUGAAACGCAGGAGACGCGUCUCCAAAGCUUUGCUGCACAUCACUGACUGGUUCCCCACACUGGUGGGCCUCGCCGGGGGAAACAUCAGCCAGAGUCAGGGCCUGGACGGUUUUGAUGUUUGGCCCACCAUCAGUGAGGGGAGAGACUCACCUCGUCAGGAGAUCCUUCACAACAUUGACCCCUUGCACAAACCGCUCGUUCAACUCGAGUUCGGGGAUGCUGGUACACAGGAAGCCUCAGUAAAAAAAUUAAAAGUCCCAGGCUUUAAGAAGCUAAAGAAGAAGAUCCUGAAGCAGCAACCGAAGAAGAAGUCAGUGUUCAAAUUGAAGACCACCAAGAAGUAUAAACCCAAACCUAAAUCCAAGCACCUUCCCAAACAGAAGCUUAAGCCCCUCCAAAAAUCAAAACUAAAACCCAAACUCCAGGCCAAAGUCCCUCCUCAGAACCAGAGACCGUCCCAUUACAGACGAGACCUUAAGUCCCACCCCAGUGAUACUCCGUCAGCCUUAGGAACAUCUCAUCCUAAAGCUCGGAAGCCUCAGAACCAACUGCGCUUUAAGACAAACUCCAAGCGGGACGUAUCCCAGAACCAGAACACGUCCCAGCCUGAGACCCUGCUGUCCAAAUCCCAUCCAACGCCCCAACUGAGUCUCCAGCCAUCCCAAUCACUAUGGGACACAUCGGUCCAGGCUGCCAUCAGAGUUGGAGACUGGAAGCUGCUAACCGGAUACCCAGGCCAUGGAGACUGGGUCCCCCCACAGGUACUUCCCACUCUCCCUGGUCGCUGGUGGAACCUUGAACGUGACGUCUCGUUCCACAAACCCUCCACCCACAAAAGCGUCUGGCUGUUCAACAUCACAGAUGACCCGUGUGAGCGGCGGGACCUGGCAGACCAGAGACCAGACGUGGUCCAACAGCUGAUGGCCCGACUCGCCUACUACAACCAAACAGCCGUGCCGGUUUAUUUUCCGCCCGAUGACCCCCGAGCCAACCCCAGCCAGCACAGCGGAGCCUGGGUACCCUGGGUGGACGAAGAGGAGGACGAGGAGGGAAAAUAUCAAGGAGUCUACAAGAAAGGAAAGAACAGUAAGAAGAAGAAGAAGAAGAAGUGUCGGCUCUGCAAGCUGCAGUCUUUCUUUCUGAAACUGAACACCAGGAUGAUGUCCAACCGGAUCUGAGGUCACUGUGUCAAACGCUUUGUUGUUUUUAUUUUGUCAAUCUGCACAUCCUGAAACCGGUGAAGAAAGACGUAACCGGGUGAGUUAAUUCCAACACAUUCCGCUGGAGCGAACUUUUCACCACAGCGUCUUGUCACUACCUUCACUUUCCUUUUCUGAUUUUUUUAAAUUGUUAUACGGAGACGAACGAACCACAUCACACCAUUCACACCGAAUAACCUCACCUGCAUGUCUUUGGGUGUGGGAGGAAGCCGGAGUGCCUGGAGGGAACCCACACAGACGCAAGGGAAACAUGCAAACUCCACACAGAAAGGCUGGGAUUCGAACCUGGAACCUUCCUGCUGUGAGGCAACAGUGCUAAAAAAUAAAAAUACUUUAUAAAAUUACAGCCACUAAUUAAAAUUAGUGACAAAUGGGGUUACAUUAUAACAUAGAAGAAUAUAACAUUAAUUAACUUCCAAUCAAAUCGAUUCGCAUGCCUCGCAUUGAUUUACUGUCUGACUUGAUUGAUAUUUAUGUGCGCUCGGGAUGCAAUUUAGCUCUAUUUCUUUCGGCAUCCGUCCAGUAAACGACAUAUUUAUGUUUUAUUAAGCUCAAUUGCCAGGUUUAAAACAGGUAGUCAAAGAAGUAAUCCAAUGAAAUAAGUUACUUAAAUGAUGUAAUUAAAAUAGCUACAUCACUUAUUAGGUUCUGUAAUCUGUUAUGUUUCAGAAGUAACCUGUCCAGCACUGGUUGCCACACAUGCAGCGUAUGUACUGUCGAAGAUCUUGUCUGAGAUUAGGGAUCACUAGCAGUCCAGCUGGAUUCAGUUCAGGCUUUUAAAGGGUCAUUUCACCCAAAUCGCAACACAUUCUCUGGCUUUGCAGAUACUAUAAUUUGAGUUUGAUUUGUUUUGAGAACAGUUGUUGCCAAGAAAUUUUUGUUAGCGUCAGUUGUUGGCCACACUUUGUUUCCGAUGAAAACUGCUGAUGGAAAGGAACUUCAGUUCCUUGUAAACUGUUUUAGGAAAGAGGCAGCGCUGUGGAGGAAGAUCCAACUGUCUGUGUGUCAACAUACUAUUUAGAGUAAGCGCGGACAUAUUUAUGUGAUUUGGAUGAACUGACCCUUUAAAUUGCUAACCACUCUGGUGGUAGGGAUGUUAUCCCAUUGGCUGUUUUGUGCUGAUGUGAUGUUGUUAUGUAAUUUUGUGUGCAUUUUGUCACCUCAUUAUCAAUGUUUUUGAGAUUCUCAGUUUUAUCGUACGUUUACAUCAGCAGUUCAGACUUUAACGUCCAUAUUGUUGGUUUUGAGGCAAAUGUUUUUGUCCUAAAUGUUUUUUUGUGAAAGCGUGCGCUCGUAAAAAUUAUCUUCUAUAUUUCUGUAUCUGUUUUUGUUGUCUAUCACAUGCAACAAAAUAGGACAAGGAGGUUUUAAUACUUGUACACAUCCCAGUGAGUACAAAUAACGUGCCUAAUGUUAGAAAUACUUGAUGUGUGUCGGGUGUUUUUGUGUUUUACUAUGGCUGAAACAGGCCUUUGCAUACUGUGGCUGUUUGAGGGUACAUAUUUUGAAUUCAUGGUAUGUGUUUUUAAUUCACUUCUUACUUCUGUGAUCAGUAGAAACUUUUGAAUGUGUUAUUUUACAACUUAUUCAGCCCCACAUAUCAUUAACACCACAGUGAUUUAGGAUAUUUUUAAUGUUUUACGGAAACAUGCACAAAAUGAACCGAGUGAAUAUAGAGUAUCUGCUUUCCCCUCCUGCAGGAGCUCAGAAGCCAACAGGAGGAAGUAAAGUGUGUUUCACCAGCAUUAGCAACCGCUUUGGUUCGUGCCGUCUGAGCAACACACCUAACCUCUAAAUAUUUCAGCGUAUUUGCUCAAUACCUAACAAACCAUGACUGUGGUUGCUCUGAGCCCGUUAGUGAAGCGUGCAGCCGAGUGUUCCUGAGAAACACUUUAAAGGGACGCUUGAUUUCUUCAUCCUGAUUCAAUAAAGGAAAGUAAAAUGAA